UUCAAAUCUGUCUUUCUUCUUGGUGAUAGUAAAAGGUUGGUUCUUUGCUCUUGGUUGGUAGGAAUUUCAUAGUGGAGAGACAUAGAGGGAGUAUUUGUGUUCUAUCUGCGUUGUUCAUGGUGUAUUCCGCCUCUGACUGCCUUAUUUUUUUAACAUCACUUCAUCUCCUUCUAGCUCAGGAAUGGAGCUUUUUGCUUGAUUUUUUAGUUGCUGCAUAGAGACAUAUGGCUUGCCUAAAUGAGGAGACUAUGGGUGCAAAUGCAUAGUAGUAUGAAGAUUAUAUGGUUGGGUGGGAAUCAUUCUUCAUCGAUGAUCAAGCGAGAGAGCAGGGAUCUCGAGGCAGCAACUCCCGAAGAAGGACAAGUUCUGAAACAGAGGGACGACAUGAGAUGAGUCUCUACAGAAAGAGCUUCCUCAACCUAAACUGUCCGGACAGAUCAGUGCUGGUAGACUUGAACUUGGACACGGAGAGGUCCAACAACGACCACUGGCUCGACCACAAGAAUGCUGAGUUCUCAAAUCCAGGGUCGUGCGAUUUCAAUUUCAACAUAAGCGUUUGUUCACCCGAUUUUAGCAGUAUACAACAUAUGGACACCACUGACCAUACCCUAAUGGCUUCACCGCAAUAUCUCCAGCAAAUGGAGCUCGUACCACGACAUAUCCUAUCAUCUGGCACCAUGCCCUACGACAGAUAUUUCCACAAACAUGGCAUUUUUCCCUGGAGCAUAACCACCCCUCAUACGGACCAGUUUGUCCAUGAGCAGAGCACUAGUAGCAAGAGGGCCCCGUUUGCCCCAAAACUCGAGGCCAAGACCGAAGAGCUCUUGACAGCAAAUGGGAGCAAGAGUGAGGGGCCUAUGUAUUUCCCCUUUCUCUCUAAUGAACGUAUGAUGCAUCAAGAAGCUUGGUAUGCGGCCUCUUUGAAAAGGAAGGAGCCCGAGGGAGGGCUCAACUGCCUCCACCUCGGCUACGAACAGCUAACUUAGUUCCUUCUUUGCUCAGCUAUGUUUACUAACUUUCAUAUUCCACAAAUAUUUUGCCCUUUCACACUGCUUCUCAACUUGUGUAUAACUGUAGAAAUUAGAAUAUUGAGAUACCUUCAAGAUUCUUGAUUUUUGCCUACCAAAUUCAUAGCUUUGUUACAUGCUUUCAAA